ACGUUAUCAGGCAGUCCUCAGUAAACACGGGUAGGACGUUAUCAGGCAGUCCUCAGUAAACACGGGUAGGACGUUAUCAGGCAGUCCUCAGUAAACACGGGUAGGACGUUAUCAGGCAGUCCUCAGUAAACACGGGUAGGACGUUAUCAGGCAGUCCUCAGUAAACACGGGUAGGACGUUAUCAGGCAGUCCUCAGUAAACACGAGUAGGACGUUAUCAGGCGAUCCUACAACUACAGAAAUUACUAUUGAUAAACUAUCAAGUAUACGCAAUAUUCCAUGACCAGACAAAGAAGUGUGGUCCUUAUUUGGGCGCUGUUUUUGGCAUUGAUAAAAAAUGGAACUUGCUGGGACGGUUUCUCUUCCAUUUCAUCCUUUUUUGAACCUGUCACGUGUAGGUUUGAUGGGGAAUGUUGUACAGAUAACUACAUUAAACUAGAUGAGCGAGCCCUGAAGAAAUCUCUAGAAACGCGUCUGUACGGUCAACACUUGGCUCAGGCCGCAAUACUAAAUCACGUUCAUGCCCAUGCGAGACCUGUGCAUCAAACAAAAGCUUUGUCCCUCUCCUUCUAUGGCGGAACAGGGACUGGUAAAAACCUUGUUAGCAGUAUCAUUGCUGAGAGUAUAUACAGGAAGGGAAUGGACAGUAAAUAUGUCCAUCUCAUAGCAGCAACAAACGAGUUCCUUCAUCCGGGGAAGGUGCACGAAUAUAAGGUUAAUUUAAAGAAAAAAAUAGAGACAAGUGUAUCUAAGUGUGAGCGUUCGAUGUUCAUUUUUGACGAGGUAGACAAAAUGCCUGCCGGUAUCCUGGACAUCGUGAAGCCAUACCUCGACUUUUACAAAAACUUAAACGGCGUGAACUACAGGAAAAGCACAUUUCUUUUCCUUAGUAACACGGCGGGUCGUGCCAUACAGAAGAAGGUGAUAGACCACUGGAGGGAGGGGCUUCAAAGGGAAUCACUCCGGCUUGUCGACAUGGAACAACUGAUUAUUACAGAAGCGUUAAACGAAAAGAAAAGCGGAUUAUGGCAUAGCAGCAUCCUCCUCCAUCACAUGGUCUCCGCUCACGUGCCAUUUUUACCUUUGGAGCGUAAGCAUGUACGCGAGUGUGUAAAAGACAGUCUAGUCGCAAAACGGUAUUAUCCUCGACGUGAUGUUAUUGAUGAGCGAGACGUGCGAGAAAUUACGGCCCAACUAUCAUACUAUCCGGACGAGGAGGAACUGUUUUCUACAACAGGAUGUAAGCGAGUUCCAGAGAAAGUGGAUUACAUCAUGGCAUACGACAAUUAUAAGAAGUACAAGCAUUGAUAUACACUGCCACACACUCCAGAAGUAACUCCAGUUCAAGUCUGUUGGUGUUGAAUUUGCGGUAUACGUGUAUAGAUCUAUCGUGUGCGCGGUGUAUCUUAUGCAUGCUUUGUAAAAUUGUUUCAUGAUUUGCGUCCAAGUAGGUGUACAAUAAUGACAGCCUAGCUCUUGCUUUCUGUUCCGUUUUAAUGCUUACCGUUCAUGACCUUGAAAC